AUGAAAAUUAUUAUUUAUAUUUUUUUAUUAUUAAUAAUAAUCAAUUAUAUUGUGGCUUUUGAAAACCCUAACAAUCAAACCAUAGAACAACUUCCUCAAACCGUACCAUGCAAACCAUAUAACAACGUUACCGAUGGAGGUUUAGAGAAAUACAACAUAACCCUUUAUGAAUACUAUUUUGUAUCCACUGAUACAAUACAACCAGGAGAUGGAGAUUCAUAUGGAGAAACUACUUUUUUUAAAAAUUUUAUUAUUGAAAAAGGUGUACCAUUUUUAUUUAAAGAUGUUCAAGGCAUUUCAGACUACCCAUAUGUUUCAAUGUUUUAUGAUGGUGAUAAUAUAUGUGCUAUUUAUGCACAGAAAUACGAAACCGAAGUAGGAUAUGACAUGAACUGUGUAGAAAACUGUAUAAAUCCAGUUAAGGAGCCAAUAGGCAAUGGAAUUAUUGCCCUAUAUUACAACUCACUCUUUAUGGAUGGAGAUAAGAAAAUAGGAUAUUCAUUUAAAUACUCACCACUUAACAGCACAACUCCAGAACCAAUUAAUGCUUGUGAAGAAAUGUUUGUUCCAAAAUCCUCUUAUUCUGGAAGCUAUGACCCAGAAACCAUUACACUAUCCAUUGUAAACUAUACACAAGUAACAUCAUACUCAUCAAAACCAACCAUCAAUAGCCAAUAUAGCAUUACACUCGAAAAAGAAGUACCUCUAUACCUAGGGACUAUGUUUAAUUAUACAUCGCAAAUAACUUUUUUAUAUAAAGAUAACCAAUUCUGCUCCUAUGUAAACGAAUAUUCCGAAAGACUACUAUGCUACCCAGGCUCAACCUAUUACCAAUACUUUUAUUGUAAUCAAGCUUGUAUAAGUUUAGAUAAAAAAAACACUACAAUUACCUUAUACUCCUAUGAUACUGAUUGUAAUGGUUAUUAUUCGUAUGUUACUUCCUUAUUGGUAUCUCUUCCACAACCCUAUCAUCCAAACUCCGAUAGUAAUAGUAAUAACAAUAAUAACAACAAUAAUAACAAUAAUAGUAACAAUAGUAAUAAUAGCUCAAGCAAUUUAAAUAUAAUAAAAACCAAUUUGUUAUUUUUCCUUACUUUGAUUUUAACUUUGAUUUUCGUUGGUAAUAUAUAA